AUGACUCUGAGCCCUCAGAAGCACAGACCUUGUUACGAGAUAUUCAUCAUCACUCCGAAUCCGACAGCGAUGAUGAAAUUUUCCUUCCAAGCACUGCUAGUGACGAGGAGAGUGGCCUCAGCGAUUCAUCCGACUGUUCUGAAAGGCCAAGAUCAACUCGAGAUGUACGGGUACAGAGGACAGGAGUAUUUCGGACAGUUCUUUGAUCGGGAGAUGUUUGAGCACAUGGCAGAGCAGACUAACCUCUACUCUGUGCAGAAGAGUGGCAAGUCUACGAACACAGACGCAGAUGAGAUGGAGCAGUUUGUCGGGAUAUUUUUGAUGAAAGGACUGAUUUCAUUCCCGCAGUACCACUUCUAUUGGAAUGAGAAGCUGCAGUUUACACCGGUGUCUCAGACGAUGUCAAAGAACAGGUUCAAACAGCUCCGAAGGUAUUUCCACGCUGCAGACAACAGCAAGAUCUUGCCAAAAGGAGACCCAGGCUUUGACAGUCUGUUCAAGCUGUGUCCUUUUCUGGUUGCACUGCAGGAAAAAUGCUUGGCUGUGGCACCAGAAGAAGCGCAAAGUGUUGAUGAGCAGAUGGUAUUCUACCAGUUUGCGGUGUACACUGGAGCAGACACCCAGAAAAAAAGCGAAGACUACCAGCUCGGCUUUGGUGGCAAUAUCGUCAUGGCAUUAUGUAAUGGCUUGCCUAACGCCAGCAACUUCAAGAGUCCGAAAAAGACCUCCGAAAGAGAGGAAGAGGCUCCUUCGACUAUAAAGUCGAAUACUCUGAGGAUGUUGUUGUGGUUCAAUGGCUGGACAAUAAAGCUGUCCAGCUUGCAUCCUCCUAGACAGGAGUUGAGCCGGAAGAUCAAGUCAAAAGGUGGAGCAAGGAAACAAUGGGGGGCGUUGACCUUCCAGAUCAGCUGA